UUUUCUUCUCUUAUAUAGCCUAUUCCUCGGCAAGCUGAUACCCACAAUCCGCGCUUCCAUCUAUUGGUCGCUGCACCUUUUCACGACAGGUCUUUCAAUGGAGGAUUAAUUCUGCCUGUGAUCAAUAUUAUUAGUGUUCGAAGAAAGCUUUGCAGCAAUCUACUUCCCAGCUUUUUCAGAAUCCAGUAAACCAUUGCACCCCAGUUUGCCAUGAAAGUGAUGUUGACCGUCCUGUAUCUUACCAUCGGGAUUAACGGAUUGCCUUUGGUGAUGAGCACCUGCAUGGAUGACCUCAGUUCUUUCACAGUAGAAGACAUGGAGAAGAUAGCAUACGCUGUUGCCAACGCGAAAGGCAUAUCCCCAAUUGUCCUGCUCAAAGGAAUACUCCGGAAAGCGAAAAAAUUGGAAAGAGUAAAAUCCAGAACUUCCCUCCAAGAGAUGGCACUCCAAGAACUUAUUAAUUCCAGAUCUCGUCCGCCUAGUCCUGGUAUGGUAAACAUUCGUCCAAUCAUUCCCUCAGAACAGCCACUAUCACCUUCACGGCCAUUAUCUCCACCAAUGGUUCAAAACAGCAUGUUUGCUGGGGUAUUCUUUCCUCAAGGCCUGCCGCCACACGCAAUGCAAAGCCCGCAGCCAUGUCCGCCACCACUUUUAAUCCCAAUACACACUCGUCCUCCGCCUGAUGUGACUAUACGUGUCCUGGGAACCAGAACGAUACCAGAGGUGAAGGUUACACUUUCUCCAAUGAUGACCAUUAUGGAAGCCCUAAAACAAGCAGAAAGCCAAUUUAAACUCUUCCUAGGACCACUCGAAUCAGACGGAGAUAUCAUUUCAUUCAGUUCCUCACCAAUUUAUCGCUGUCUUAUCAUCAGACGAUUCGAAAAUGUCCGAUCAAGAGAACCUGAAUCCUUCUGGAAGAUCACAGUUGUUGAUAAAGACGGAGAAGUUGUCUACGACAACGUCUGCAUACCCAACAGGAGUCAAGUACCAGUGAAGCCCGGAAUGACAAUCACACUUCUUUACAUGACGAUGUAACAUUCGUGUUUCUGCAAAGGACUCGUAGGCUGCUGUCUUAGACAUUCCUCUGCAUGCGAGAUCUUCAGAGUAGAAGUGUAAAUAACACAAUCAUUGUCUGUUUGUUGCACCUGCAUUCAUUUUAUUAUGUUAAUAAAGGCUUCUAUAUGUUUA